GAACUACUGUUCUCAAGCCGAUUCUUUGCACAUAUCUUCUUUGUGUGAUUUCCUCAAAGUCAGGGCAUGAACCAGAUUAACCACCACCCACCCACACGACGAGUCAAAACAAAAACGAAAAAGCUCCGUAGCCUAUAAGAUUUACGAUGGUACCGGGCGACUUUUACUAUUGGUACCGUUGAUUCGAUCCGGGUCAGAUGGGCACCAAUUUCGUAUAAAACUCAGGUCGUGGUUCGCGGGGGACCCAUUCGGUCAUGGCGAAGGUCGCGGUUCUAGUUGUGGUGCUUGUGGUGGUUUUGGGGUGUCUUGAUGGUACCAUCGCUCGUAUCACCCGAUCGCACAAACUUCUAACUGAACAACAAAGCAACAUUCCUGGUGUUAAAAUCGAAGAAGCUGCAGAUGGCGAAGAACCAACCACUAUUGCAAACAAUGAAGGUCUAAUAACGAACGAAACAACGAAAGGACUUAGCGAUGGAAACGUCGCAUUUGAUGACGAUUUUAUCCAACCGGAGGGUAGAGUUUUAUAUCGGGGUAGUCAGUUGUGGAAAAUUUUAGUGGACACUGAAGAGAAGGCUGAACUGUUGGCUGGACUAAGAGAUGGAGAAGAAAUCACAAUGUGGGGAGGAAAUGCCUCUACAGUGGACAUUUUAGUAAAACCCGAUGCAAGAGAUAAAGUUAGAAAAGCGCUGGAUGCGGAAAACAUCAAAUACGACAUAACAAUUGACGAUCUACAAGCAGCUAUAGAUGAAGAAAAUCCUCCACUAGAAGAGGAAGACUUUGAUAACAGAAACGGUCAUAGGCUGACAUGGCAGGCCUAUCAUCGUUUAGACGAUCUUCAAGGGUAUUUGGACUUUUUAGCUGAGACAUAUCCUGACUUGGUCAAACUCCAAACCAUUGGUAACUCCGUUAAUGGACGGCCUAUUAGGUUACUUAAAAUAUCCAAUGGACAAACAGGAAAUAAAGCAAUUUGGAUUGACGGCGGUAUACAUGCACGAGAAUGGAUCACGCCAGCAACAGUAACGUACAUAAUAAAUCAGUUCAUUUCCAAUUGGGAAAAUGAGCCAAAGUACAUCCAGAACAUUGACUGGUAUUUUGCACCACUACUUAAUCCAGAUGGGUAUGAAUACACUCAUACUGUAGACAGAUUGUGGAGGAAAAAUCGAAGGGGGUCUGGUCGAUGUGCUGGCAUUGAUUUAAACAGAAACUUUGGGUAUCGCUGGGGAGGAUCGGGAUCAUCGAAAAACCCUUGUGCCGAAACUUAUGGGGGAUCUGGCGCAUUCUCAGAACCCGAAACUGCUGCCGUUCAAAAAUUCAUUAGUGGCUCAAGUGCGAAAUGGAAGGGCUACAUUUCCUUCCAUUCCUAUGGACAAUAUAUUCUUUACCCAUGGGGUUACAACAGAGUUGUUCCUCCAGACUAUCAAGACUUGGAGGCAGUAGGCCAGAAGGCGGCACAAGCCAUAAAGGGUGCAGGAGGACCUUCAUAUACCGUUGGACCUGCAGGCAAUACGUUGUAUCCAGCAGCGGGAGGCUCUGAUGAUUGGGCCAAGGGCACCAUGAAAAUCAAAUAUGCCUACACGAUUGAACUUAGAGAUAAUGGAAGAUACGGUUUUGUUCUACCAGCCAGUUAUAUUCAACCAACAGCAAAAGAGGCUCUCGCCGCAGUGAAAAUAAUAGCUGAGGCCUCAUACACUGCUUAAAACAUGGAGGAUUGGAAAACUUUUGAGUGGUUAGCUGUGAUAUUAGGAAUAUCCUACGGUAAUUAAUUUACAUUAUCUCUAAACUAUAUCGCAAUUAAAGGAAAAUCAGGUUAAUAAUAUAUGUUUUAUAAGCCAACUGAUAAAAUAACUUCGGAUGUAAGUAUGGUUUUCGGUUUAAUGCGUUGUCAAUUUACUUUUACGUAAGAUAUACAUAUGUUUUUUAUAUAUCAGUUUUUAGUUUGUAUUUUAGAAUAUUAGGGUGGUGCUCUGUAAAUUACCUAUAGGUAGGCAGUUUAAGUGUAAUAUCAUUUAUAUGAAACGUUGUAUAACACAGAGAACAAGUCGCACCAGGAAGUAUUCUUGAUUUUUGUUGUAACUAUUUAUUUAUUUGUAGUUUAUAGCGUUUAUACUUAUUGUCGUCAUUUGAUAAAUAAUAUCAGCUACUAGUA